AUGAAUCAAAGAAAACGACGGCGCGGUGAUCCAUUCAUCAUUUCUCGACUGUGUUUGACAGUGUUAGUGAUGUCAGUGUGCUACUACAGUUUGUUAUCCACAGCCAUCAUGAUACAGUCCGUACGCGCAGAUGAUACGACCACACAGUAUACUGAGACACCAUCGGAACUCACCCAAGCUGGAAUACCUCCCGAACAGGCUUCUCCACCUCCACAACUGGAAAGCAUACCUCCGAUAUCACAAGCAACGGUCGAUGGACUCUAUAAAUCUUUGAUGAGUUUUAUUCAGCAAGAUAAUGGAAGAAAAGUUAUUGAGCAAAUGAUCCAAUCGAUCAUUCCAAAUUAUUUGAAAGAAAGUUCUGCUCCAACUUUUUCAAAUAGUGUUGGAGAGGAUUCUUCUUAUGGUCUUGUAGAAAAUUCAUAUCAAUUCUCAAGAAGUACAGACGAAAAUUCACCUUUUAAAUUACUCACAAAUCAACAACAAAAUUUGCUUUUCUUUAUUGUAGGAGCUGCAGCUGAAACUUACAAGAAAGUUGUGUUAGGACACCAACAACAUGAACAUUUAUCUAAAUUUGAUAUUGACAAUUCUGAUAGCACUCGCCAGUUGGAUAACUAUGAACAAGAUUUAAUUCGGCUCAAAGUGAAAUUAUUCUUUGAAGAAAUUGAACGAAAUGUAAAGCAAGGAGUGUCAAAAGAUAAAAUUGGGUGGAUCCUAAAGAAAUUAAAGAAGCGUGACAAUAUUUCUCAGCAAGAGUUUGAUGUGGAGGGUAAUAUAGUAACAGAAAAUUCAUCGAUUGAAAGUCAAAUGUUAGAAGAUCUAGAAGCAUUCCUUGAAAAGCCAUUAUAUGAAGAGGAAACUGAGCUUUUCAAAAAAUUAUACCCCAAAGAUGACGAAUGCUCUAAAUAUAAUGGAGUAUUAUUCGUUGGUGGCUUGUAUACAGAUUGGUACCCUUUCUAUUUUCAUGGGUUAAAGAAGCAUCUCAAUGAAUGUGGAAUGAAAUUCAAAAUCUCUAAGGUUAAUUCGGGUGGAUCAUUAGAAAAGAACGCUCUAUUUCUUAAAAAUGAAAUUAUCGAAUAUUCGAAAGAAUUGAAUGUCACAAAAGGUGUCUUGAUCAUAGGUCACUCCAAGGGUGCUUGUGACGUUGCUUAUGCUCUUUCAAAAUACGAAAAUGAGUUAAAAGAUCAUGCCAAAGGAAUGAUUGCUCUUCAAGCUCCUUAUGCAGGUUCUGCACUUGCCAAUGACAUUUCUGAAUAUGGAGCAAGCAAAAUUGCAUUACUUUCCAUUCUUGUUGAGGAAAUUUUGGGAGGCGAAUUACAAGCUAUCGAAGAUUUGAGUUAUGAAAACAGAAAGCGAGUCAUUGAAGAAUAUCCAUACAAUAAUGAGACAUUCCCUUGUAUUUCUGUGAGCAGUCACUACCAAGCACCUUCUUCCUUGUUAUAUCCUGCCAUUUCUUAUUUGAACAUGAGAUAUCAUGUGAAAAACGAUGGAAUGGUCAUUACCAUGGAUGGUUAUAUUCCUGGAUGUAAAUAUAUUGUGGUUCCUGAAAUGGAUCAUUCAGGUGGAGCUUUCACAGGCUUUCCCAACCUGAGUCUCUACGAUCCUGCCAAGUUGGCUCUCACUCUUGUUCAUAUCUUUCAUCAUUAUUUUUCACACAAGGUAUGA